AUGGACGACUAUAUGUUCCGCUACUACAUUGACGAGUGCCGCGUCGUGGAAGAGGCGACGACCUACAUUGAGAUAUUCAACUACUCGGAUCCGUUCUACAACUCGUGCGAGGAGCACCCGCUGACACAGGAUGAGUUUGACAACUUCCUGUACCAAAGAGGCGCUUUUGCGCCUCCCGACAAGAUGCGCGAGGGGACAAAGCUUCUCAGCGGGAUGCGGCUCGUCGUCCAAAAGAACGCCAAGGACAAGGACACCUUCAUGCCCAAGGUUAUAUCCCUACCCAAGGGGUCAUAUGAGCGAAUGGUCCGCGAGCUCAAGCUGCCGUUUCGUGCCAUUGAGACGACGUCGGUUGUCGGCCCGUUCUUCUGGUGCGCGCAUGAUCAGGACGAUGACGAUCCUCACCUGCAAAUCAUCCACCGCAAGUCAGAUGUUCGUAAGAAGGGCAAGACGCGUGGGUGGGAGAUGAUGCUGUCCCACUCGUUCAAGACCAACAUCACCACCGGCUUCAUCAAGGGUACGCCGAGCUCGGACAUUGUCAAGACCCUAGAUCAUGCACGAGCUUGCGCGGCGCAGAUUGGGCACCCGAUGCUAUUACCCGUCAUAAUUCUUUCUUACGACCUCUCUCCCGCAAACGACCAGAAGCAGCGAGAUGCCCGCGAUUGGCUACGGCGCCUCGAGAACGCGGUUAGCUUGCGCGAUGAGGUAGAGCAGCACGAGCAGUAUUUCCAAGACGGCCUGCUCGAGGUGGACGGACUGAACAGAGACCUCGUCGAGUGCCAUAGCCACGUCAUGUGGAAGCGGCCGCAGGCAUACUGGGCAUUGGUCAAGGAGAUGGAAAGGGCCAUGGACAAGUUUCGCAGCAAGUGGAACUCGAUGAAGCCCAAGAACGACCUCAUGUCCGAGCCGGAGAGGAUACACAGGAAAGAGAUCGACAAGCUCCACAGGAGCAUGCAGGCAAGACUCGAGUUCUACAAGGUCAAGAUCAAGGGGCUCGAAAACUACAUCCACACGACGCUUGAAAGGCUCAAGGUUCAGCGUGAGGCGCUGUACAACAUCAUGUCGCAGAGGGAAGCCAGGCUCAAUCUCGAAAUUGCCGGAGAGCAGCGUCGAAUCGCUCACGCGAGCAAGCGGGACAGCACAGCCAUGAAAACUAUAUCUCUCAUGGGCGCCCUGUUUCUCCCAGGAACAUAUCUUGCGUCCGUCUUCAGCAUGACGUUCUUCAAUUUUCAAACUGAUGCGCAUCCCAUUGUCGCGUCACAGCUGUGGAUCUACUUUGCAAUCACGGUCCCCGUCACCGCCGCCAUCGUCGGCUCCUGGUGGUGGUUCGACCGUCGCCGCGAGGCGCAGUACAUGCUUGACGACGCGGACCUGGAGAAGAACAUUGACAAGAUGGAGAAGGACAUCAUGUUCCACCUGCGCAAGAGGACGAUGAGCAAGGCGAAUACCUGGAACACGAUAACAUCACCCACGAGCGCGUAG